AUGAAGCUAGAAGUGCGAGAGGUGUACCCUGUGUUUGAGUGGUCGUGGGACAUCACGAGCGAGACGGAACAGCAGCAGAACCACGAGCCAGAAGAGCAGCCAGAAGACGACGACGACGACGACGACGACGAAGUCUGUGGGAUCUGUCGAGCUGGGUACAACGCGGUGUGUCCCAGCUGCUCGCACCCGGGCGUCACGUGCCCCGUCGUGGUGGGCACGUGCCAGCACGCGUUCCACGUGCACUGCGUCGUUCCGUGGCUCGCGACGGCCGCGGCGCGCGGCGCUUGCCCCAUGUGCCGCCAGCCGUUCGCGCUGGACCCGCUGCGCCGGGUAAACAGGGGCGCUACCGUCACCCUGCCGCAGCUGGGUGACCCGGACAGCACGUGA